CGAAAGCGUUCGGAACGCGCCGGAAAGUCACGAGCAAGCGAUAUAUUUGGGUUUUUCCAAUUUAAAUAAGUUUCUGAUUGGUGGUUAUUUGUGAAACUUAAAAUGGCUGUUUGUGUUGCAGUGAUUGCGAAGGAGAAUUAUCCACUGUACAUCAAAGCAUCCACAGCUGACAAUGAGUUGAAGUUUUACUACACUGUUCACUCUUCAUUGGAUGUCAUUGAAGAAAAGAUCAAUUCUGCAGGCAAGAAUGCCAAUGAUCAGCGAGAGCUCUACCUUGGCCUUCUAUAUCCCACAGAAGACUACAAAGUAUAUGGCUAUGUUACUAAUACAAAAAUAAAAUUUGUUAUAGUAGUGGAAUCAUCAAAUACAACAUUAAGAGAUACAGAAAUACGAAGUAUGUUCAGGAAGCUUCACCAAGGCUAUGUGGAUAUGCUGUGUAAUCCAUUCUACAUUCCAGGAGAGUCGGUUUCAUCAAAGUCUUUUAGCGAAACAGUGAUAUCAAUGAUGCAGCAGUGAAUAAUGGGAUGACACAAUAUACGUUUGAGAAAGUGUGUAAUUGUAGUCUUAAAAAGUGUUUGAUACUUGUGUCUAAAGAAUGAAGAAUAUUCCAUAUUUGGACAAAUGUGACAUUAUCAGAACUGAAUGCCAUAUGUUUACGUUUUUUAUUUGUUUUAGUCUUCAAACUUUCAAAUAAUAAUGUAUUUAUAUGUAUUACAUUGUAAGGAUAAAGUGCAAUACAUAAAAUUAAUUUA